AUGAGUCCGCAGCUGGGCACCUUCCCGUGCUACACCCAAACGGGCACACACCGUGCCCUCAGCCUGUUCGCAAUGAGCAACUUACCACAGUGGGAGGAGCAGGCAGGAGAAGGCAGUGCCAGGCAACCUGGAUGCAGGGCCAACACGGUGUCUCUGCUGGACAACAUAGAGCCUUCUACGGUGAUUUUGCAGCUGUCUGUGGUGCUUGGUGUCAUGUUCGUGCUGCCGAAGGUGGCCCAGUUCUACCACGAGAGGAAGAAACUCAUCAAAGCUCUGUAGGCAUUCCCUGAUCCUCCAAAACACUGGCUCUAUGGCCACAAUCACCUGAUAACUACCGAUAAAAUAUUAAAUCAGAUGGUGUCAUGGGGAGAAGAAUACCCCUAUGCCUUUCCCAGAUGGUUUGGACCAGUCCUGCCUUCUCUAAUAAUCCACCAUCCUGAGUAUGCCAAAAGCAUACUUGGCCGAACGGAUCCUAAGCCAAAUAUACCCUACAAAUUCUUAGUUCCCUGGAUUGGGCAGGGGCUGUUGAUCUUGGAUGGAACCAAAUGUUUCCAGCAUCGGAAGCUGCUCACCCCAGCCUUUCAUUACGACGUGCUGAAAUCUUACGUGGCUCUGAUGUCAGACUCGGUCAAAGUGAUGCUGGAUAAAUGGGAAAAGAAGAGCACAGAGAGGAAGCCAGUGGAGCUCUUUCAAGACGUCAGCUUGAUGACACUAGACAGCAUCAUGAAAUGUGCCUUCAGUUAUAAUAUAUACUGGUCUCCUUACAGCAACUCAGAUCAUUAUAUCAGAGCUGUUUAUGACCUGAGCUACCUCGUGAGCAAUAAGCUCCAGACUUUUUCUUACAAGGAUGUCUUCUAUGACUUGACUCGCAAAGGCCAUGAGUUUCAAGAUGCAUGCAAGCUGGCCCAUACCCACACAGAUAAGGUAACAAAAGAAAGAAAGAUAUUGCUCUCCAGUGAGAAGCAGCUUGACAAGAUCCAGAAGAUGACACACCUGGAUUUUCUGGACAUUCUUCUUUGUACCAAGGAUGCAAAUGGAGUUGGGCUAUCUGAUGAGGACCUGCGUUCCGAGGUGGACACAUUCAUGUUUGUGGGUCAUGAUACCACAGCCAGUGGGUUCUCCUGGCUCUUGUACUGCCUGUCGUUAUAUCCAGAGUACCAGCAACGGUGCUGGGAGGAGACCCAGGGGAUCCUGGGGGACCAAGAUACCAUUGAGUGGGAGGACCUUGGGAAGAUGACUUACACCACAAUGUGCAUCAAAGAGAGCUUGUGCCUGUUCACACCAAUUCCUUCCGUGUCCCAAUACAUCUCUAAACGUGUCACAUUUUCUGAUGGAUGCAGCUUGCCAGCAGGCUGCCAGGUUGGACUGAACAUAUUUGCUAUUCACAGGAACCAGGAUGUGUGGGAGGACCCUGAGAUGUAUGAUCCCCUGAGCUUUUCUCCAGAGAACUCAGCACAGAGGCACUCCCAUGCUUUCCUGCCUUUCUCUGCUGGAUCCAGGAACUGCAUCAGGCAGCAGUUCGCCAUGAAUGAGAUGAAGGUGGAUUUGGCCCUGACCCUGCUCCGCUUCAAACUCUCCCCUGACCCGUCCAAGCCUCCCGUGCUGAUGCCACAGAUCACCCUCAGGUCCAGAAACGGGAUCCACCUGCAUCUGAAGAAGAUUCACUGA